AUGUUGCGCUUGCUUGCGGUGACCGCCUGCCUCGCCAAAGUCGCCAUCGCCACGUGCCCUGACGAUCCGGAGGUGGACCUUUGCGAGACAACCGGCGAAGAGACGGGCUCCGCAUUCCGCGGCUCGCCGUGGAUGGCGCUGCUGCUGCCCCUCGCCUCGGCCCGUCCCAAGGUUGCCACAGGCUUAGCGUUGGCACUGGCGAUGGCUGUCGGGGCGGAGGCCGUCACUUGCGGCGAGGUGAAGGAUUUCUACAAGAGUGAGCAGUGCUGUGGCUCCCCCACCACGGUGCUGAGCAACCCCGUGCCGGGCACUCCAACUUGCCCGUACAACUUCAACAAGCCAGCUUGCAACACGGCCGAGCCUCAGACGCCUCGUGAUCUCUCAACUGGCGCUACAGGCAGCAUGGUGCCGAAGGCGGCCACGCUGACGGAUGCUCAGGCCAACUUCCUGCCGCUGGUGAACGUGCACUUCCACCUGGGGGCUGAGCAUAAGAGCGAUGCCUACAACAACGACACCGAUGCGAUGGCGUACGACGCGGCCUCCUCCGGCAGGCGCCUGGCCAGCAACCCACGUCCUGGCUUCAUGUGCCCAACGGACACCCUCACUGACGCGCAGAUGACGCCGUACACCUUUCAGCACUGCACGGGUGACGUGCAGGUCGGCAAGUCCUACGAGGUCCACUACGUGCACUCCUCAGCCGGCACCGACAACGAUGCUUCGGACGGCAUGAAUGCAGACCUCCUCGCGGAUGGUUUGGGAGGCACGUGA